AGGAAAAAGUAAAACUAAAAAAGAUUAUCAGAGAGAAAAUAACAAGUGGGUUUCACGCAGAGCAAACGAGGGUGUGAAGUAGAGUAACAUUACCCAGCCCUAAAACCCUAUUGUCACCUCCCUCUCACUCUCAUUGUCACUGCCAAAAUCAAACCCCCAAAUCGCAAAAUUAUAAUUAAACCCUUUGCUCAAUAUUCUAGCCCACCGGCCAACGGCAUGGCCGCCGCGUCGAGAGGUCUCGUUCGUCGUCUCAACCAGUUUCUCUUGAGGUCUCUCUCUCCUUCUCCUUCUCCGGCAGCUCUAUACAAUACCUCCCACUUGAGAAUGUUCUGUGCGGAGGCUGAAAAGGAAGACGAUUCCCGAGUUAUUGAAGCCAAGCCUGGUGUUAUGACCCGCGAUUCCAAGCGUAGCGGUGCUAUCGCCGUUAAGUGUGGAAUGACGGCGUUGUGGGAUAAGUGGGGCGCCAGAAUACCCAUCACCAUUCUUUGGUUGGAUGAUAACAUCGUCUCCCAAGUCAAGAUCCCUGAAAAGGAAGGCUUCUGUGCGCUUCAGGUCGGGUGUGGACAAAAAAAGGAGAAGCAUUUGAGGAAGCCUGAAGUGGGACAUUUUAGAGCUCAAGGUGUCCCCAUGAAAAGGAAGCUGAGGGAGUUCCCAGUGACUGAGGAUGCUCUUCUCCCAGUUGGAACUUCCAUUGAUGUUCGCCAUUUUGUUCCAGGCCAGUAUGUCGAUGUCACUGGAAUUACAAAAGGGCAUGGCUUUCAGGUGAUCAAUUCUUUACUGCACCUUAUUUUUUAUAUCUGCUUUCUGUUUUUACAUUUCACUAUGCUGAUGUUAAUUGUCAUUCGGGACAAUCAGCCACAAACAACCUCUCACAAUCAAGAUGAACUCAUCGAAAUGUGUUUCAGUUUCUGUAUGAAGUUGCUGUGAUUUUCUCAGAUUUUU